CGCGAACGGUCGCCGGAAAAACUUCAGAAGCCCGAAGCCGAGAGUGGAGUGUCCGAGUUCGGAGUUUGCUUUUUAAUUCAAGUCAAUACUGUAAAAAACUUAAAAAUAUUUGAUCAUGGCUUCGGAACGCUAUAGUUUUUCACUUACAACUUUUAGUCCUUCUGGAAAGUUGGUACAAAUUGAAUAUGCCUUAGCUGCAGUUGCAGCUGGCGCUCCGAGUGUGGGAAUUAAAGCAGCAAAUGGUGUAGUACUUGCAACAGAGAACAAACACAAAUCAAUAUUAUAUGAUGAACACAGUGUAUCCAAAGUUGAAAUGAUCACAAAAUACAUUGGAAUGGUAUACAGUGGAAUGGGUCCUGAUUAUAGAUUGUUAGUAAAGCAGGCUCGUAAAAUGGCUCAACAAUACUACUUAGUCUACAAAGAAUCAAUUCCUACUGCUCAACUAGUUCAGCGAGUAGCUAUGUUGAUGCAAGAAUACACUCAGUCUGGUGGUGUAAGACCUUUUGGAGUAUCAUUAUUAAUCUGUGGAUGGGAUAAAGGAAAACCAUAUCUCUUUCAAUGUGAUCCAUCAGGUGCCUAUUUUGCCUGGAAAGCAACUGCUAUGGGUAAAAACUUUAUCAAUGGCAAAACUUUCCUUGAAAAGCGCUACAGUGAAGAUUUGGAGCUCGAUGAUGCUGUUCAUACUGCCAUUUUGACUUUGAAAGAAGGUUUCGAAGGACAAAUGACUGCUGACAACAUUGAAAUUGGUAUUUGCGAUGCUAAUGGCUUUAGAAGAUUAGACCCUUCAAAUGUUAAGGAUUAUUUGGCUAAUAUCCCAUAAUUUAAUUUUAUAUUCUGGUAUUCAAAACGUUUGUACGAUUAUGCGUGUUUUAUCAAGGCAAAAGGAUAAAAACUAUAAGAAACACAUAAUAAACUGUUCUUUUAUAUUCUGUGAAUUAUUCUGAUUUACUUACAUAU